CCCGAUGUAGCCUCCAUGACAUCGACGCCGCCCAACUCAGCCCUCAAAAGGUCACAGAAGCCGCCUUCGGGCCCCAACGUCCUCGAGGUUGUGCUCGGCUCGCUCCUCAUCAAGCCAUGGUACCCGUCCUUCUACCCAGAAGAGCUCGUUGGCAAGCGUGCCGAGCGGCUGUACGUGUGCCAAUGGUGCUUCAAGUAUAGCAAGGAGCUGGUCGGUUUUCUGGGCCAUCUGAAAGCCUGUCCGCUUCGCAACACUCCACCGCCAGGCGUGAAUGUUUACACAAAGGACAACUACUCGCUCUACGAGAUUGAUGGCGAGAAGAACAAGCUGUAUGCGCAGAACCUAUCGCUCUUUGCGAAGCUCUUUCUCGAUACCAAAUCUGUCUUCUACGAUGUGACGACCUUCCUGUACUAUCUCUUAGUCGCACACAACCCGACACCUCCUGUACCAAAUACCAAUUUGAGUGAUGACACAACGCCAGGUGAUACUGGCGUAUCGGGGCAAGUGGUUGGAUUUUUCAGCAAGGAGAAGAUGAGUUGGGACAACAACAACCUGGCGUGUAUAUUGGUCUUUCCACCAUGGCAAAAGCAGGGACUAGGCCAGUUAUUGAUGGGCGCAAGCUACGAGAUGAGUAGACGGGAGAACAGACUUGGUGGGCCGGAGAAGCCGCUGUCCGACCUAGGCCGCAUCGCCUACAACCACUACUGGUCACAAACGCUCGCUCGUACUCUUCUCUCUUCUCCGUCCAAAAAGACACUCACUGUGCAGGAGCUCCGCGAAAAAACAUACAUUGUACCCGAGGAUAUUAUCGCAACUUUGCAGAUGAUGGACGUUCUAGAACAAAAGAAGAAGGGAGGUGCCGAUGCGGUCAUCAACAAGGCAAAGGUUAGAGCAUGGGCGGAUACACAUAAAGUCGAUGUCAAGAGCUGUCCGGUAGAUCCGGAGGCUUUCAUUUCACGGGAAUUAAGCAGGGGCGGGAGUGAAGAGUCUUGAUGCGUCAUGAACAAGGCAAUGGAUGUACUGGUGUAUGAUACCCGUUUCUUGUUGUUUCUUCAAGUUUGAAUGUGUCGUUAUGAGGACGUUGCAACUGGGAACUAGACUAAAAAUUUAUGAUGCCACAUCGCUCAG